AUGAGCGAUAUCAAGGAUUAUCGCGAGACUCGUCUCUCAUCGUCAACGAGCUCCUGUGAUGUAUCUCCGUCGCCGCCAAACGCCAGCGUAGAAGUGGUCAAUCUUAUGCAUCUGUUAAAAAGUGAUAACUCUAUACUGCCAAAGGAGAUUGCCGCGUAUCUGCAUGAAUUGUCACACUUAGAUUCCAGAAUGAUUGGCCAAAUUUUAGGCGAACCUGACACAAAGUCGCAAAAUAUUCUAUAUGAAUACGCUAAUUCUUUUCAAUUUGCAAGCGUCUCGUUCGACGUCGCUCUUCGCGUGUACCUUGGUAGGCUUGAGCUGCCUCGAGAAGCUCAAAAAAUCGAUCGCGUUCUGCAGGCUUUUGCCAAAGCCUACUAUAAAAGUAACCCAGACAGCAAUGAAUGUCCAUCUGAAGACGCAGUAUACACGCUGGCAUUCUCUGUGUUACUGCUUAAUACAGACGCUCACAAUCCGAGACUGGCGCGUAGAUUCAAAAUGACCAAGAUUGACUUUAUCCGUAAUUACCAUCGACUAGGAGAAAAAGGCGGUUCGGCAACGGCAGAGGUACCAGAUGCAUAUCUUGGACAGUGUUACGAUUCAUUUGUCACGGAUGCUAUCAAGCGGAUUGAAAGGAAACCAACCGAGUUGUUGCGAGACGAAUUGGAGCUCGAGUUUAUGGACACGGCAUUAGGAUUGGAAAUUGAAACUUCAUUUGAUGGUCGCACCGCGAUAGUGAAGAAAUACACGAGCGACCGCCACGAUUAUAGCAGCAGACGGCAAAUACAAUCUAGUAAUUCUUCAACUGCCUCGGCAACAACAUCAAGUUUAUUUUCACCAGGUGGUAGCUUUUUCAAAACAGGAAGUAGCAUCUUCUCAACUAUCUUUGCAACAGCAGACUCCGAGCCAGAGCUUUCUAUUGAGGGCUACGUGAUCGUAGCAGUGGGCAACGAUAGUACUCGACAGAUUGGCUACGCACUUACACUCUAUUUGCUCAAGACAGCACCUCGCCCCGUCCUUAUCCGAUUUUGCGAGCCCAGCGUGUACUGUGCGUCUUUAGAGUGA